GGGGGGGGGGGGAGAAAGAGAGAAUGGAUGGAUGGCGCGCCGUUGUGACGUCACUGGGACGCGCCGUGUGGUUGUGGCGGCACGAGCUUCUGGAUCUGCAGCAACCGCAGACGAAGACUUGGGGCCCUCCGCGAAGAGAGAGCGAGUUUUCAUGGAUCUCAAUAGUGCCAGUGGUGUUGUUCUUCAGGUCUUGACCCAAGCCACUAGUCAAAAUACUGCUGUGCUAAAACCAGCUGAGGAGCAACUGAAACAGUGGGAAACACAGCCAGGGUUCUAUUCAGUGCUGUUGAAUAUCGUUACAAAUCACACCUUAGAUGUGAAUGUGAGGUGGCUAGCUGUGCUGUAUUUCAAAAAUGGAAUUGACCGCUAUUGGAGACGUGUGGCACCACAUGCUCUUUCAGAGGAAGAGAAAUCUACAUUGCGUGCAGGGCUUAUUGCCAAUUUCAAUGAGCCAGUUAAUCAGAUUGCCACUCAGAUUUCUGUCUUGAUUGCCAAAGUGGCUAGACUGGAUUGCCCUAGGCAGUGGCCCGAGCUUAUUCCUACCCUUGUAGAAUCUGUAAAGAUUCAAGAUGAUCUUCGUCAACAUAGAGCUUUACUUACAUUCUACCAUGUCACAAAGACUUUGGCAUCUAAACGACUUGCUGCAGAUAGAAAACUUUUCUAUGAUUUAGCUUCUGGAAUUUAUAGCUUUACCUGUUCCUUGUGGAAUCAUCACACAGAUACAUUCCUUCAACAAGUUUGUUGCAGAGAUGAAACAGCUAUGAGUAAUUCAUUAGAAAGGACUCUGUUAUCAUUGAAAGUGUUGCGUAAAUUUACUGUUCAUGGAUUUGUGGAACCCCAUCGGAACAUAGAAGUGAUGGGCUUCCUCCAUGCAGUAUUUGAGCGGCUAAAGCAGUUUUUGGAAUGCAGUAGAAGUAUAGAAGCAGAUCAUGUCUGCAGAGAUCGUCUAGAAAAGACUAUAAUUUUAUUCACCAAAGUGCUUUUAGAUUUCUUGGACCAACAUCCUUUUUCAUUCACAUCACUAAUUCAGAGAUCAUUGGAAUUUGCUGUAAGCUAUGUUUUCACAGAGGCCGGUGAAGGAGUUGUGUUUGAACGAUUUAUUGUCCAAUGCAUGAAUUUGAUCAAAAUGAUUGUUAAAAAUUAUGCUUACAAGCCAUCCAAAAAUGUAGAAGACAGCAGCCCUGAAACUCUUGAAGCUCAUAAGAUAAAGGCGUCAUUCUUCACAUACCCGACCCUAACAGAGAUAUGCAGGCGGUUAGUCACUCAGUAUUUCCUGUUAACCAAGGAAGAGUUAACAAUGUGGGAAGAGGAUCCAGAAGGCUUUACUGUGGAAGAAACAGGAGGAGAUUCUUGGAAAUACAGUAUCAGGCCAUGUACAGAAGUGCUCUUCAUUGAUAUUUUUCAUGAAUAUAAUCAGACUCUUACUCCAGUUCUUCUAGAAAUGGUUCACUCUCUACAAGGCCCCACCAAUGUGGAUGAUACCCAAACUCUACUGAUUAAAGAUGCUGUGUAUAAUGCAGUUGGAUUGGCAGCAUAUGAGCUAUUUGACAGUGUGGAUUUCGAUCAAUGGUUUAAAAACCAACUACUAGCAGAAUUGCAAGUCACCCAUAGCAGGUAUAAACCAAUACGUCGGCGAGUAGUCUGGCUAAUUGGACAGUGGAUUUCUGUGAAAUUUAAAUCUGACUUAAGACCUAUGCUGUAUGAAGCAAUCCGCAAUUUACUUCAAGACCAAGACUUAGUGGUUCGUAUUGAGACAGCUACAACUCUGAAACUUACUGUGGAUGACUUCGAAUUUAGAACUGACCAAUUCUUGCCAUAUCUGGAAUCUAUGUUUACCCUGCUCUUUCAGCUUCUUCAAGAAGUGAGAGAGUGUGAUACAAAGAUGCACGUACUUCAUGUUCUGUCUUGUGUAAUUGAAAGAGUCAAUAUGCAAAUACGGCCUUAUGUAGGAUGCCUGGUGCAAUAUCUACCUCUCCUUUGGAAACAAAGUGAAGAGCACAAUAUGUUGAGAUGUGCUAUCCUCACUACUCUAAUUCAUCUUGUCCAGGGCUUAGGAGCAGAUAGCAAGAAUCUUUAUCCUUUCCUCCUCCCUGUUAUUCAACUAAGCACUGAUGUUUCUCAACCUCCGCAUGUGUAUCUCCUAGAAGAUGGAUUGGAACUCUGGCUAGUGACACUAGAAAAUAGUCCCUGCCUUACCUCAGAACUGCUGAGAAUUUUUCAAAAUAUGUCUGCUCUUCUCGAAUUAAGUUCAGAAAACCUCAGAACUUGCUUUAAGAUCAUCAAUGGCUAUCUGUUUUUGUCUCCAUCUGAAUUUCUUCAGGUCUAUGCAGCUGAUCUCUGCAAAUCAUUCUGUGAGAUCUUAAAAGAUAUAACUACUGAGGGUCAAGUUCAAGUUCUGAAGGUUGUAGAAAAUGUGCUCAAAGUGAAUCCGGUCUCAGGCCCUGAAAUGUUUCAACCUCUUUUGCCAUCUGUCUUUCGUGGAAUUAUAAGUGGGGAGAGAUACCCAGUUGUAAUGUCUACUUACCUGGGAGUCAUUGGUAGAAUCCUGUUGCAAAAUAAAAGCUUUUUCUCAUUACUUAUGAACCAAAUGGCAUGUGAGAUUGGCCAGAAGCCGGAUCAACUUCUUGGUCACAUGAUUGAAAUGUGGGUUGAUCGCAUGGAUAAUAUAACUCAGCCUGAGAGAAGGAAACUUUCAGCUUUGGCAUUACUUUCUCUUCUACCAUCAGAUAAUAACAUCAUCCAAGAUAAAUUUUGUGGCAUUAUAAACAUUUCAGUAGAAGGGUUGCAUGAUGUCAUGACUGAAGACACAGAAACUAGAACAUUUAAAGACUGCAUGCUGCUAUCUACUUUUGAAGAGCCCAAGUUAACAGAAGAGGAAGAACCCCCCACAGAACAAGACAAAAGAAAAAAGUUGCUUGCGCUAAAGGAUCCAGUGCACUCUGUGUCGCUGCAGCAAUUUGUAUACGAGAAGCUAAAAGCACAACAGGAAUUGCUGGGAGAACAAGGCUUUCAAGCGCUCAUGGAAACUGUGGAUACGGAAAUAGUCACACAGCUACAAGACUUUUUACAAGGAUUCUGAAGGACCGAAGACAAGAUAUCUUGCAUCUCUUCUCUUCAGCGUCAUAAAAGCAAACUUUGCAGCCUUCCAUCUGAUUACAAAAAGAAAUGCUUCAAAAAGAGGGCUGUUCUUUGAAAUUAAAGAAGGGAGAGACCAUGGUCUUGAUUCUAAGACGUCUCCUAAUUAGUACUACAUGAAAUAUGCAUGUAUGGCCUAUAAGGGGUACAAGUUUGCAAAAGAGAGAUUUUGUAAAAGCAGAUGUCUCAUUUACUGUUGGUAACAGCUUUGAUCUCACUAUCAUGUGCUCUUAUCCUCUUAAGGUUUUCGGCAAGGAUAUCAGCUUGCUUAGGCUGCCUUACUCUAUUGUUUACUUUUAAAAUUGGGAAAAAAGGUAAUGCUUAAAGAGCAUUACAGCAGAAGGAUGUCAAACAACUUAAAUUGUGUAAAUAAUAGCAAUAUAAAUAGUGGGAAGCAUUCUUAAAGUUUCCUCUGUGGGGAGCUGGACACUAGUGUCUUUUGCGUGAAAAGAGAACUAAUGAAAUUAUCCCAGUGUUUUAAUCCAUGUAAAAGGGAAAGGGUUUAGAAUUUAAUUUUUUCAUGUUUUAGCUCUACAAAAUAGCUUUGAUUUAUAAUGUAGUGCACAGACUCUUUGACAACUUUUUAAAUUGAUCCUUAAUCACCUCCUCCAAUGAGGGUAGGAGGGAAAUGUGUUGUGCACCCUGAGCAGACAGGGUUGUGGAGCAUAUAUUUUCUGCCCUAGAAAAAUUACUUCACUAAAACUAAUUGCCUGUUAUUCUGGAUUUCUCUAAAAUGAUGCUAAUGAUGGAUUCUAAAUAAUCAAGCCUUUAUCUGGAAAAAUGACGGUUGCGAAUCAGGUAAAGUGAGUUGAGAAAUAUUUUGGGUUCCAGUGUCAUUUAAGUAAGUAUUCAUGCUUCUCCCUGUACCCCACUUUCCAGUCUUUUUCUUAUACCUCCUAUUUUAAGGAGAACCCCCCCCCCUUUUUUUUUUAGGCAAGGCUUCCUAUGCUCACUUACCUUCUUAUGUAAGAAAUUUAUUUUUAAGAAAUGGUGGUUAUGUACUAACAAAUUGUUGGUUAUUAUAUUUGUGCAGAGAGCUGAACACUAUGUCUAACCCUUGAGAUCAAUGUCUUCUUAUAAACUAGAUUACAAAUUGUACUAGAAAAUAAAAUCUGGUGCUUCCAAACUAUUAAAUCUAAAUUAAAUUUCGAAAUGAUAUCUCA